AUGGGUUUCAUUUAUGAAGCAAUGGAUAGGGCCAAAGAAUCAAUUCAAAGAGCUUUCAAUAACAAUGAAGGGAAUGAUAAUGAAGUGGUGGAUGACCUCUACAAAUGUAUUGAUAAGCUUAGUGAAGAUGAUGAUUUUGUAGUUGAAGUUCACAAACAAUUGUUAGUGUAUAAAAGGGCUAGAGAGAGGUUUGGUAUGACUGCAGCAAUGAAAGCAAGGACUGAAAUAUCUCCUGCUGAGUGGUGGAAAUUGUAUGGAGGAAAAACACCACACUUGCAAACCAUUGCCAUUAAAGUUUUAAGUUUGACUUGUAGCUCAUCAGGAUGUGAGCGUAAUUGGAGUACCUUUGAGCAUAUUCACUCAAAGAAGAGAAGUAGGCUUGAGCACCAAAAGCUUCAAGAUUUGGUUUAUGUUAAGUAUAACCAAGCUCUUCUAGAUCGCUUUGAGUGUCAUGAUGUGAUUGACCCUAUUGCUUUAAAUGAUAUUAAUGAUAACAAUGAGUGGUUAUUGGGAGAAUUGGAAGGAGAAGAAGCGGGUAAUGAUUUGGUUUUUGAUGAUGAUGACUUGAAUUGGUUAGAUGUUGCUGAGGCAACUGGGGCUGGUGAACCUUUACAAAACACAAGGAGUCAAACACAUAUAAACAAGGCAGUAGCUGCACUUGCACCUACAAAUGAAAAAGGAAAAAAGGUUGAUGGAACAAGGUUGUACGGUAAGUACAAGGAGAUCCUUCUUGUGGUAGUUGCACAAGAUGACAACAAUAAAAUCCUUCCAAUAGUCUUUGCCAUUAUAAAAGGUGAAACAACAGAAGCAUAA